AUGUUAGUCAGAAAACACUCUAAUCAAUUUGGAUUAAUGGUCGAUAUUGGUAUUGAGCGAAAAGAGGUCAAUUCAGAUUUUCAUACCUGUAACACACGUAAUAAUACUGCAAUAGUUACCCCUGCACAUAAUUCGUCCAAUUUUGGGAAAAAUCCCAACUAUCUCGGAUUGAAACUGUUCAAUGAAUUAGAAAAUCGUAUUAAACAUAUUAAUGAUCUGGGCGUGUACAAAAACACGCUGACUACCUACUACCUGAAAAAGCCUUUCUUCAGUAUGUCGAAGUAUCUGGAAUCUUGA